AUGUCGGACGACGAAGUCGACUUGGAGCUGCUAGAGCUUAUGCGAAAGCACUGGGGUGGCGGUGCCAAAGAGGAAGGUCCGCCAGAAACCAAAGUCCUGGAGAAUGCCCAGUUCAUUUGCGAUAACAGCAUGGACGUUGCUCUCGAUAUGCGGUCUACCAAAGUCGCAGCACAGCUUGUCCUUGAUGAGAUGGAGAAACGGGCGUACUCUACCAAGACUUGGUCUGAGCAUGAGCUGCACCCGAAACCAAAAGACGAGAGCACCGUCAACUUCAUCUUCACUAUGGACCUCCUAAAUUUUAGCUUCUGGAGCGAGAAGAAAGAUGAGGAGCGAUUUGCAGUAGUAUACAAGGGAAAGAGAUGGACUGGAUACAAUAGUCUGGUCGCGAUAUUACAAAGAGCCUUGGAGCAAGACAUCCCGAUCACUAGCCCAGAUUUCUGGGUCGACGAAGAACAGUGUUCAGACGAAGUACUGCGAACGGUUUUCACUUCUGGUACUGACGAAGAGAUUCCCCUGUUCGAGCAGAGGGUACGGUGUUUGAGAGAAGCAGGCCAGAUUCUAGAGGAGGAAUUUGACGGUAGUGUCAUCACCCUUAUUGAAGAUGCAAACAACUCCGCGGCCGGUCUCGUGAAUCUACUCGCCGAGAAGUUCAAUUGCUUCAGAGAUGAAGGCAGGUUCGAGAACAAGAAGGUACGCUUCUUGAAGCGAGCCCAGAUCUUCGUUGCAGACUUGUGGGCUGCGUUCGAAGGUGAGGGAUACGGCGAGUUCAACGACAUCGACAAGAUCACCAUGUUUGCAGAUUACCGUAUUCCUCAAAUGCUACAUUCACUAGGCAUGAUUUGGUAUUGCCCGCCUCUGGAGAACAAGAUACGCCGUCUUGAGAUCAUCGACUCUGGUCACUCCUGGGAAAUGCAGAUACGAGGUUGCAGUAUCUGGGCUGUAGAGCUCCUCCGUAGGGAGAUCCUAAAGCUAAAGCCGGAAGCUAAGGUCAACGCUAUUCUCAUCGACUUCUUCUUGUAUGACCUUGCGAAAGAGAAGGAGAGGGAGCAGGCAGAGAUAUCUCUCUAUUACACAAUGGGCAACACCUCCAGUUCUCCCGUGCAAAAGUGUCUCGAGAAGGCCGUCGGAAAAGAGAAUGUCGCUUUCAAGAACACGCCAUUUUUCCAACUAUCACACGUCAAGCCUUACAACCUCGGUAUACCGGUAACGCCAGCGGCUGUUACUUAUCCUAAGACGACUGGGGAGAUCGCCGCGAUAGUCAAAUGCGCCGUGGACAACAGCCUCAAAGUUCAGCCGCGGUGCGGUGGACACUCCUACGCCAACUAUGGUAUAGGUGGUCAGGAUAACACCAUUGUGAUCGACAUGAAGUCUUUCCAGCAGUUCUCGAUGGACGAGUCUACCUGGCAGGCCACUAUCGGUGGUGGGACGCUAUUAGGCGAUGUCACUGAGCGGCUACAUGACAACGGCAAGCGCGCCAUCGCCCAUGGUACUUGUCCACAAGUAGGCAUUGGAGGCCACGCAACGAUAGGUGGACUGGGACCGACAUCACGAAUGUGGGGUUCCUCACUCGAUCACGUAGAAGAAGUUGAGGUGGUGUUGGCGAACUCGACAGUAGUGCGUGCUUCGGAAGAACAGAAUCCAGACAUUUUCUUUGCGAUGAAGGGAGCUGCAGCUGGUUUCGGGAUAAUCACAGAGUUCAAGGUCCGCACGCAGGCUGAGCCUGGUGAAGCAGUGCUUUACUCGUACAAUUUCCAUGGCGGCUCGUCUGUGUCAAAGGCGGAGGCGUUCAAGAAGUGGCAGAAACUCAUUUCUGAUCCCAAACUCUCCAGGAAGUUUGCGAGUCAAUACAUAUUGACAGAACAACUUGGCGCUAUCAUUACGGGCACAUUCUUCGGCAGCCAGGCUGAAUUUGACAGCCUGAAUAUUACCUCUCGUCUUCCAUCGAGCUCGGGUUAUGACUCGAUAGCACUCAAUGACUGGCUUGGUGUGGUGGGCCACUGGAGCGAAGAUGUGGCUUUGAAGAUUGUGGGUGGCAUCCAGUCCAACUUCUACGCCAAAUCUCUCGCAUACACAGAGAGAGAUAUCAUACCUGACGAUACAGUUGACAGACUUUUCACUCAUAUUGAUGAAGCAGACAAAGGAGGUGCGCUGUGGUUCAUCAUCUGGGACCUGGAGGGCGGUGCUAUCAAUGAUGUGGCGCCUAAUGCUACAGCGUACGGACACCGCAACGCGCUCUUCUACCAUCAAUCAUACGCUGUGAAUCUUCUCGGCAAGGUCGAUGACAAGACUCGCAAGUUCCUUACCGGCGUGAACGAAAUCAUUAUCGAUGCAUUACCAAACCACGAUCAAGGAGCAUACGCAGGCUAUGUAGACCCUGCACUAGGCAAAAACAGCGCGAGCCUAUAUUGGGGUAGUAAUGUUGAAAAGUUGGAGCGUAUCAAAGCGGAGAUAGACCCGUUGGAUGUGUUUUCUAAUCCGCAGAGCGUACGGCCGGCGAAGAAGUCGUUGAAGAGGAGGCUGAUGUCAUAG